AUGAACUCUCAUGCGACGCCACGCACUGCCUUUCAAGGGCGCUCGUUAGGCGGCUCGGGACUUCCUCCGCAGUCGAGGCAGCCAGUUGCUGCUCAAGUGUCCUCAAACGAAGACUAUAGUACGAUUCCGGAGGAGGACCGCGAACACAUUGAUGAAGUUUUUGAUUUGAUGGACAUGAAGAAGAAGGGAUGGCUCAACAGUUACGAAUUCAGACACUCGCUAGCAGCCCUAGGCUUCGAUAUGUCAAAGCCUGAUUACUUCAGAGAACUACAGUCAUACGGCUCUGUUCCUCCUGAAUGGCAAGAUCCUCACAACUGUCCUGUCAACCGCCUCUAUGUUUACCUCGACCAAUUCCGAUUAUGCGCUGCCAAGUUACUCGCCAACCGCGACCCCAGACAAGAAGCGACAAAAGUGUUCAACAUGUUUGAUUACGAUGGAGAUGGUGUUAUUUCCUUUGAGGACAUGCGACGGCUAGCUUCCGAUAUCAAGGAAGAGAGGACCAUGACAGACGAGGAAAUUCAGAGCAUGAUUGAGCAUCUGGAUCACGAGGGCAAAGGCGGUGUAAACUUGGAAGAAUUCAUACAGAUGAUGGAGGAGGCUGGUUAA